AGCGCGCCCCGCGAGUGUGUGCACGUUCGCGCGUAUACGCUGCAGCUACAAUAGACGUACGCGACGCUCUCGACCGCUGGUACGAUAUUAUAUUAUCAUACCGCGCGCGGCUUCCAUUCGUUCUAUUAUAUACGUGUGCGCCGCGUCUCACGUCAGUCCGUCUGACGUCGUCAAGCGUCCUCUGCUCUGCCAUCGCGCGGUCUCAGCGAACCGUGUGCGCCACGCGUGUGUCGGUGGUCGGCGUGUGCGUGUGUGUGUCGGUGGUCGGCUUGUGCGUGUGUGUCGGUGGUCGGUGUGCACGCGGGCCCCGCGACCGUGUGCGUGUGUGCGUGAGCGCGCGACGCGUAUAAUAUUGCGGAUACCGCGGGUCAGUGUGCACCGGUGCGUGUCAAUCAUAUUCGCAAAUCGCGCGCGUACAAAUCGUUUUCGUUUUUCGCCGAUCUCUUUCGAUCUUUUUUUUUCCCCCGUCAUCAUUUUCGUUUCGAAUUUCUUUCCGACAAAAUCUUUCCACACAAUUAUUAGUAUUAUUACACUAUCCUCUGAUCAACCCAUCGCACGAUAUCUUACUAUUUACGAAAAAGUAAAACCCGCGAACGCAUAUUAUUAAUUAUACACAUGAUAUAAUAAUAUUAUUAUGAUCGUCAUCGACGAUACGUCUGUCUCGGCGUGAUAUUAUUGUGAUAUUGUAUUUUAGUUCGUUGACGGACAUGCCUUGUGGAUAAAUCGCGACUAAAGCCCGCCACCCGCUGGACCCGAACUAAAGAUUGCAGUAUAGAUGAUCUCGUGGACUAUCAAACCCUUUCGCAUGGAGAACGGUCGGCCAAAAUAUUUAAUAGCCUGUGGAUUGAGGACGUCAUAGUCGUAGAUUACGUAUCGUAUCAAUCGUACUACUAGAGGGAGGGAAAAACGUCAUGCUUAACUGCACCGAUGCCGAGUGCACGUUGCACCAUCAUCAUAUUCACGUGGACCCGAUACAGCAUCAUCUACAGGAUGACCGGCAACACCAUGAACAUUCCUCAGUUAUGUCCAGUGAUGCGAACAGUCUGAACGAUAUAUAUCAGGGGUUCAUUAACAGCAGCGCAAAUCCAGAAUACUCCUCCGAACAUGUCGAUGUUCCGAACGAAGGAGUAUACAUGGUGUGCGGUGUCCUCAUCGCCAUGGUGCUCGUCGCUGUGAUAAUAGUAAUCCUAGCAGUUACUAUAAGCAAGCUUAGGAAACGCGAGGAAACCGCGACCGCCGUAGCAGCCGCAGCCACGGCAGCGGCCACAGCCGUCGCCACCGCCAACACUGUGAUCAACAACAACAACAACAAUGUGGACUGUCAGCUGCCCCAUGCCCAGCCUGUCGAUGUCGCCGUUGUCACAAACGUAUCGGGUGACGUGGGUGAUGCGCCUGUACCUUUACCGUUCCUCUGGCAGUAUUCAGCCAAAAACGCUGCAGCCAAAAACACCAAUGGGUAUAACUCACCGUACAGGCUGUACAGCUCCGAUCAGGACACAUUGGUGUGCAGUGUACCCAUCGAAGAAACCGCAGAGCACCGCAAGGGACUACGGAAAAACUUGCGAGGCAAGUGGCGAAGACUGGUGCACAAAAAGCAACAGCAACAAGACGCAUACAAAAUACCCGCAGAACUACGGGACCAGCUCAAACAGAUAUAUGUGUACUGAUUCUAAAAGUUUGUUUUUCAAAGACAAUCCACAAAACCUAUCAAAUUUGCAAUCUAUUAUUACUAUAUUAUUUUUAUUAUAUAUUUUUUUUCUAUGAAAGGACAAAACAAUCUUGUAUGUUUUUAUUAAUAACGUACCUAUGUAUAUUAAAUUUUCAUUCCUCUUAGAGAAUUAAGUUUAAUUUUUAUUUAAAUUCACACAGUAAACAAAAGAAAAUGUUGACCCAUUGAGUGUCUCACUUUUUGAUGAAUUGAAAAAAAAUACAAACAUAUUUUGGUUUUGUUAAAAAAUGUAGACUGUUAAAUGAAAAACUGGCAGUCCUAAUGUAGGAAGAUAAAUCUGGUGCCAUCGUUUAUAACAUCAUUAUAUUAUUACAUAUUAUUUUUGUUUUAAAUUCGUGAUAUAGGUAUUAAUUAAUAUAAUUUAAUUUAUACACAACUAUUAUAUUAAACAUUAUAAUAUAAUACUUGUGGUAGGUAGGUAAUGUACAUAUUGAAUAGUUAAGGCCAUACCUAAUAAUAUAGCUUUAGUAAUUUUAGAAAAAUACUAUUAAUGAAAUAUUACUUAUGUAGAACUUCACAAUAAAAUUUAGUAGUAUUUUAAAUUGAAAACUGUGAGCUUCUUUUAUGGUGAUAACAUUAUAAAAUAAAAAUAAAUUUAAAAGACUUAAAAUUGUAUCCCUUAUUGCUCUUUUUGCCAGCAUUGUAUAUUUAUUAUCCAAGGAAUAAAAUGUUUUUUGACCAAUUUUUAUAUGAACUGUGUAUAAUCAUAAAAGAAUAAUAUACAACUGGUAAAAUUAUUUUAUAAUUUUGAGAAUUGAACCUGCUCAGAAACAUCAAACUGGAACGUAAAUAUAUUUUUAAAAAAAAAUCUUUCUUUACAUAGCGGUAAAAAAAAAUUUAUUCAAAAACUAAAAUUGUGAUUUUUGUCUAUGUAAUUAGUAUGUAUGGUAUCAACUGAUCUUUGUGUAUUUUAUUCUAUAUGUACCUAGUUAGUUUUACAUUUUAAUUCUAAAAUAUUAUAUAAAGCUAAAAAUGUCUAAAAUUUGUAUAGUAUUAUAUUUUUUUUUUAUAUUAUAUAUAUAAACCACUGUUCAAUAUUACAAUAUUACAUUGUUUCGACAUUACAACUGAUACCAUUUGAAAAUCAUAUUUUUGCUCAUGAUAAUACGUUUAUUAAGAAUUGUUUUGUUUUAAAAACAAUGUAAAUAACCAAUCAUCAAAUUUGUCUCCAUUUUAUGAUUAGUUUAUUUAUUUAUUAUGUUAUGUAUAACAAUAGAUCAUUUCUAAUUUGAACAAUAAUUUUUGCCUACAAAUUGUUUGGUUUUUAAAGUUGUUUUUUUUUUAUCGGCCUGUUAACAUUCUUUUAAUAUGACUAGCGGAUAAAUAAUUUGCACGUAAGCAGUUCUAAAUUGAUAAUCGCAUUAUUGUUAAUUUAAUUUGGCUUGUGUAAUGUAAAAGAAAGUCGUGGCCUAUACUGUUAUUUAAAAAUUUUCUAUUGUCAAAUCUGUUCUUAAUAAUGAUAUUAAAAAUUGAAAAAAAUAACGAAUAAACAUGUACCUUGUACAUUAUUUUCAAUGUAC